GUUCGCAUGGUGCAGGGGCACCAUCAGGCGCAGGUGAAGCGGGAAGAAGUGGAGACGCCGCACAGCAGCGGCAUGUACUCCCCCAGCACUACCAACCUGCCGCAGGUGGAGUUCUCUGACCGGGCCGAGUUCGAGGUGAUGGACGUGCCGGACGGCGGCGGCACCAGCUACCCGGCGGCCGGCGAGCUGUGCGACAGCCGGCCGCCGUCGUCGCCCAGCGGCCUCGACAAGGGCGCGCUGUACGAGUCGCCCUGCUCGCCCGACCGCCAGUUCUGCUCGUCCACCACGCUGAGCGAGGGCGUGCAGUUCGAGGUGCGCGGCGAGGACGACGCGCCCAAGCGGACUUGCCUGGUGUGCGGUGACGUGGCCAGCGGCUUCCACUACGGCGUCGCCAGCUGCGAGGCCUGCAAGGCCUUCUUCAAGCGCACCAUACAGGGUAACAUUGAGUACACGUGUCCGGCCAACAACGACUGCGAGAUCAACAAGCGCAGGCGGAAGGCCUGCCAGGCGUGCAGGUUCCAGAAGUGUCUCAAAGUCGGCAUGCUGAAGGAGGGGGUACGACUGGACCGCGUGCGCGGCGGCCGGCAAAAGUACAGGAGGAAUCCAGAGCCACCGUAUCAAAUGCACUCGGUGCAGGUGAAAAAGCCGUCGCUAGAAGACAACACGCUGCUGCGGCAUCUGAUGAAGUACGAGCAGCCGGUGCCGAGCGUGCCGCCCGACCGGUCGAUCCCCGACCUCGAGUACCGCACCGUCUCGGCGCUCGCCUACCUCUUCGACAAGGAGCUGGGCAACUUCAUCGGAUGGGCCAAACAGCUGCCCGGCUUCGGCAACCUGGAGCUCAACGACCAGAUGAACCUGCUGCAGAGCUCGUGGGUGGAGGUGCUGACGCUGUGCUUCGCCUACCGCUCGCUGGCCGAGGGCGCGUCGGCCGGCGACGCCAGCCCGCCGGCGCGGCCGCAGCUGACGUUCGCGCGCGACCUCACCCUCGAGGAGAAGGUGGCGCGCGACUGCGGCCUCGAGCAGGUGUUCCUGCAGUACCUGCGCGUGGUGGAGCGGCUGCGGCCGCUGGCCAUGACCGAGCAGGAGUACGUGCUGCUGCGCGCGCUGGUGCUGGUCAACUGCGACAUCCACGUGGUGAACGCGCCGCUGGUGCGCAGCAUGCGCGACACGCUGGUGCAGUCGCUGGCCGACUGCGUGGCCGCCAUCAGGCCGUCGGGCGGCGCAGCCAGCCACACCCAGCAGCUGCUGCUGUGCCUGCCGGUGCUGCGGCAGGUGGACCCGGCCGUCAAGCAGUUCUGGCUGAACACGCGUCGCGACGGCAAGAUCCACAUGGACAAACUGUUCAUCGAGAUGCUGCAGUCGCAGGCGCGAUAGU